GCUGCCGGACUCACAUUAUUUGGCGUUUCGCUAAACAGGAAGUAGUGAGAUCAGUUUGCGGCACCACCCCUUUCGCUCCGAGAUCGCGGGCGCCUGCCAUUAGCCGCCACUUCCUGCUGAAACCAGCAACAGUUACGUCCACAACAACUAGUACUACACAAAACGGCAGCGCUCGCUACGCAUCGCGCUCCUGCAGCACAGUUUGUUGGUGGGUGUAGUGAAGAAGACGUGUUAGAUUGUGCUUUUCAUCUGGAGUCAGUUCAUUGAGUUAUUGUGUAAUUUAUACUUGUUCCCAUAAUUGUGGGAAGGGUUAGUUCAGGGACACAGGAUGCUCCGGUCGAUGAGGUAUCAUCUUCAACCCAAACGUAAAUAAAUGUGGAUCCGUGGCGCUGAUGGGAUCGUGUGUGAUCUGACGCUAUUCUCAGCUCUGUGUUUUGCUUCCACAAGACAGUUAAUCCUCCCUAAUCGGCCUGGUUACUGCUGGAACCCCCCUGACUCAGCUCUGCUCUGGUCACUGUGUAGUGAAAUCCUUCAUUUGUCAUAUGUCAGUUCCAGUCAAACUGAAAUGUACCACUUAGUACCAGGCAAUAGACCAGAUAUUAAUAAUAACAGCUCUAGAGGCUUAUUGUUACGGUCUUCUUGUUCGUCAUCACGUCUGAACUCACUCACCCCUCGUGUAACACGCUCCUGCUGAGGAUGGAGGCUUUCAGCGGCCGUCCUCCCACCAGUUGCCCGGAGGAUUUGCUAAGUGGCAGAGCAGGACUUGGCACAUGUCAGAAGUUUUCGUUGUGGUGAAAAAGUGUUUCUCAACGCGACCGCUGCCGGAUGUGGAUCAUCCAUUUCAGGCGCGUAGGUGAUGGUGGAAGCAACGAUUGUAGAAUAAUGGAAAAAACACCAGCAACUGCACUUUGGUCAAAUGGAAGGAAGCUGCUCUCUUGUAAUUUCCUGUCAGUGUUUCCCCUGAGAUGAGUGAGCUGAAUUAGAAGCUCUGGUGUUAGUCGUCGGCUAAGACAACACAAAUACGGCCAUGAUAGCGAACGGCGCGUCUCAGUGAGGACAGAUAUGUUCUGCGUUAAAGCCUGGGGAAUGGCAGCUCCCCGCUCCUCCUCAGGGGCCCCUCGUCUGGGGAUGUACAAGCUGCAGAUCGAGCUGAAGCGAGGACACAAGCUGGCCGCCCGGGACCGCGGAGGCACCAGCGACCCGUACGUGAAGUUCAAGCUCGCUGGGAAAGAAGUGUUCCGGAGCAAAACCAUCAAUAAGAAUCUGAACCCGGUGUGGGAUGAGAAGGUGACGCUGGUGCUGGACAGUCUGAGCGAACCCCUGUAUGUGAAGGUGUUUGAUUACGACUUCGGGCUUCAAGACGACUUCAUGGGUUCCUCCUACUUGUACCUGGAGUCUCUAGAGCAGCAGAGGACCAUACCUGUGACUCUGGCGCUGAAGGACCCUCAGUACCCGGAUCAGGACCUGGGCUCGCUGGAGCUGGCCGUCACGCUGACGCCCAAAGACAGUCCGGUUGAGGAGCGGCGAGACUCAGUGACUAUGCUGCCCAGGAGGUCCUGGAAACGAUCCACCAAGCAGCAGCAGUCCAUCAGUCUCUCAGAGCUGCAUCGCAAAUCCCAGCUGUGGAGGGGGAUCGUAAGCAUCGCGCUGAUCGAAGGCCGGAACCUGAUUCCCAUGGACCCCAACGGGCUGAGCGACCCGUACGUCAGGUUCCGUCUGGGGCCACAGAAGUACAGGAGCAAGACGGUGCCGAAGACCCUGAGUCCGCAGUGGAGGGAGCAGUUUGACCUGCAUCUGUACGAGGAGACCGGCGGCGUGCUGGAGAUCACCGUGUGGGACAGAGACACCGUGAGGAGAGACGACUUCAUCGGCCGCUGCCAGUUGGACCUCUCCACCCUGACGAAGGAGCGCACCCAUCACCUGGAGCUGCCGCUGGAGGAGUCCCGGGGCUGCGUGGUGCUGCUGGUCACGCUGACCGCCUCGGCCCACGUCUCCAUCGCCGACCUGGCCGUCACGCCGCUGGACGACCCGCAGGAGCGCAGGGAGAUCCUCAAACGAUACGGUGUCCUGAGGUCACUGUCCAACUUUAAGGAUGUGGGAAUAGUUCAGGUGAAGGUGAUGAGAGCAGAAGGGCUCAUGGCCGCCGAUGUGAAUGGUAACCAAACCAACAACAUGUCUGAUCAAGAUGCUUCCUGUCACAUCCUGAACCAUAGCUUCACUCGGCUCCUCGUUCUCUCAGGUAAGAGCGAUCCUUUCUGUGUGCUGGAGCUGAAUAACGACCGACUGCAGACGCACACGGUUUACAAAAACCUCAACCCAGAGUGGAACAAAGCCUUCACCUUCAACCUGAAGGACAUCCACUCCGUGUUGGAGGUGACGGUGUUUGAUGAGGACAGAGACAGAAGCGCCGACUUCCUGGGAAAAGUUGCCAUCCCGCUCCUACGGGUCCGUAACGGCGAGCAGAAAGGCUACCUGUUGAAAAACAAGGAGCUGACAGGAACGACCAAAGGACUCAUCUACCUGGAGAUCGACGUCAUCUACAACACCGUCAAGGCCGCUCUGAGGACCGUGACGCCCGCAGAGCAGAAGUAUAUGGAGGAGGAAGCAAAGGUCUCCAAGCAGUUACUCCAGCAGAACUUCAACCGCGUGAAGCGCUGCGUCAUGGUUCUGAUCAGCUACGGCACCUACAUCAAGAGCUGCUUCGAGUGGGAGUCGGCCCAGAGGAGCAUCGUCUCCUUCGUGCUGUUCGUGGUGGUCGUGUGGAACUUCGAGCUCUACAUGCUGCCGCUGGCGCUGCUGCUGCUGCUGGCGUGGAACUACUUGUUCUCCUGGAGCAGGGAGAACACAGACGCGUCAAUGGAGGCUAUGUUUGAAUGGGAAGAUGACGAAGAAGAUAAAGAAGACAAGGAGUCGGAGCCCAAAGGCUUCAUGGAUAAGCUUUACGCCAUCCAGGACGUGUUCGUCAGCGUCCAGAGCGCUCUGGAUGAGGUGGCGUCGUACGGAGAGAGGAUAAAGAACACCUUCACCUGGACCGUGCCUUUUCUCAGCUGGUUGGCCAUCGCCGCCUUGUGUCUGGCCACCCUGCUUCUCUACCUCAUACCUCUACGAUACCUUGUGUUAGCGUGGGGCGUGAACAAGUUCACCAAGAAGCUGCGUGACCCGUACCUGAUCGACAACAACGAGCUGCUCGACUUCCUCUCCAGAGUUCCGUCGGACGUCCAAGUGAUGCAGUACCGGGACCUGAGGACCGACCCUGGACAAAGCCCCAGCAAACGGAGGAGGACCAACCUGAGCUAGCGCCUGUAAACGGUGUAAACUAGGUUAUUUAUAUAUUUCUUGGAUAUUAAAAAACAUGUUAAUUUUUUUGUUUUCUUAUUGUGAAAAGGCGCAUUUUCUAAAUCAAUGUCUGUCGUGUUUUUUAUUCUGUUUGUUGUACUGAGUUUACACGUGUGGAUAAUGUCAAUGAAUGUACGUGUGUAUCAUACAGUAAGACUAUGCAUGUGUGACUCUGUGCUGCUGUUGCAUGGACUCGUUGCACCCACAGCUUUUCAUUGCAGGCUGUGUUGUGCUGGCUGCAUGUUUUUCUCUGUGUUAAAUGUCCUUUUACAGUCAGAGCUGCAUGUUUCACAGACGCUGUCGUUGCACGUGACAGUACUGUACGUGCAGCCUGUACACCAACACACGCUCACGCAUCACCUCGCACGGAUGCGCAUGGUUUCUGCUCCGCCACAUUUGUUGGACUGCGUCUGUUGCUUUGCAGAAUAAGAUUAAUAAUACAAAUGUCACAUUUCACUAAGUUCAAUCAUUGUGCAUCAUUAGAGUGAAGCACAAAUCUUCAGAUGUGUGCAUUUUAUUGUGUAACUAUUUGCUCAUAAUCAACAUAUUAUUGAAUAUUUUUAGUUAUAGGUUUUAGUUAUCUUGCUAAUAUGUCCUGAUUUCUAUAUAAUACAUUAUGUUAUCCAUUACUAUGAAUGAAAAACCAAUGAGGCUGGAUGUAGCGAUAUGCAAGUGGAUCUUCAGAUACUGAAUAUGAUGUUCAGAGAUGACGUGUGUUUGUGUGUGUGUGUGUGUGUGUGUGUGUGUGUGUGUGUGUGUGUGUGUGUGUGUGUGUGUGUGUGUGUGUGUGUGUGUGUGUGAGUGUGUUACACUGUUUACUUUCCUGACUACUUCUGUCAGUUUACACAUGCGCUCUUUGUUUCCUGUUGCAUCAUGGGUACUUGCUGCUGCUGCUGUGUGCAUAUAUGCAAGUAAUAUGCAAGAAUGACUGUAGCAUUUAUAUGGUGAAAUAUAUUUCUGCACUGAUCAA